AUGGAUCCCCGCGGCGGCGACUUCCCGUGCAUCGUCCAAGCCCUACCCUCCGUGGAUCCGAACGAAGCCGCCUCCGACUCGCCCUGCAUCGUCCAGGCCCUAGCGGCGUCCCCCUCGCCGUCCCCUUCCAAAGCCCUCGCCCUCACGCCCGCGGCCAGAGACCAGCCGCCGCCCGCCUUCAAAUCCUCCAGGCCCCCGAGCCCCCGCCGCACGCGCUCCGGCCGCGCGCCCGAGUGGACCGCCGCCGAGACCCUCGCGCUCGUCGCCGCCGUCGCCGCCGUGGACGACGACGGCUGGGCCCGCUCCGUCUCCGCCUUCCAGAAGUGGGCCAUCGUCGCCGAGAACAUCGCCUUCUCCGAUGCCGGUGGGGCGCCCUCGAGGCGCAGGGGGAGGGCGGCCGGCGAGUGCAAGCGGAGGUGGGAGGCGCUCGUGGCGGAGUACGGGGCGGUGCGCCGCUGGGAGGGGCGGACCGGGGGGAGUUACUGGCGCAUGAGCGCCGCGGCCAGGAGGAAGGCCGGGCUCCCCGCGGAGUUCGACGCCGAGGUGUAUGGCAUCAUGGACGCGCUGAUCCGGGUCGACGAGGCGCUCCUUGGCGGCGCCGGGGGAGGAGGGGGCGACGAGGGCUUGGUCAGUGCUAAUGGUGGUGCUGGUGAUACUGCUGAGGUGGGAGAGGAAGAGGGUGGCGAUGCUGGGGUUGAAGAAGAGGAGGAGGCGGAUGGUGACGGGAGUGAGGAGGAGAUGCAGGUGGAUGAUGAAAAUGCUGCGAAUGCUUCUGAUGAUUUGGGGUGUGAGAUGGAGACCGACAACGAACCAAAGAAAAGCCAAGCCGACGCAUGGGAGUUAGCCAACAGGCUAAACGAGAACGCUCAGCAUAUUCAUAUGAUACUAAGUGGAGACGCUGAUGAAGAUGGUGGCCACCACAAUGCUCCUGCCUAUGCCGUCUCACCUGAUGCAAUGGAGACCACUCGGCAGAAAGCCGACGAGCUGAUCAAGUCGCUAGGUGGGCUCGUGAGCUACUUGAACCAGUUCACCGAUCUGAUCAAGGAAAACGGGAUCGAGGAUGUCGUCGGUGUGAACUGA